CGGCAGAGCAGGAUCAGAGCUAGAUCCGACGAAGCCUAACAAGUUCGAAGAGGACGAAGAUAUCACUGAUAGGGAAGACGAGGAAGAAGACGAAGACCCUUGCAGCUCUCCAGAACCGAAUCUCGAUCAGAAACCGGAACCAAUGGAGGUGCAGGCCUCAGCGGUGUCCGCCGCUGCGGCAAACUUACACGCCUUGCGACAGCAUGUAUUCAAAAUGUCAGAUUAUUGGCAACAGCCUCAAAGAGGUCCACCUCAACAUUCACCCGGGCUUCAGCACAGUCCUAUCCAGAACUCAACACAACAGAAUCAGCAUAGUCAGCAGCAGACUCCCCUGCACAGUCCACUGGGACAUCAAACUCCAACGCCUCAGCAGCAACAUCAGGCGCAGCAGCAGUCACAACAGACUCAGGCGACUGCUUCUCAGGGUCAGCAAACGAACAGCACGAGUUUAACUCAGAAUUCCAGUUCACAGAUGCAGCAGCAACAGCAUUCGCUGAUGAUAAGUCAACAAAACUCGCAGGGAGCUCAACAUCAGUCUUCCCCAGCACCAACAACACCUUCACCUCAUGCUGAUCAUCAAAACUCGAUCAGUUCGAGCAUGGCCCAAAGUUUGCACAAUCUUGCGCAGGCACAGGCUCAGGCUCAGGCACAGCAGACUAUGUCUCAGGCCUCGAGUCCAUCACUAACCGUCCAGGCUGUGCAAGCUGCUCAGGCAAUUAAUCAAAAUUUGGGCCAAGCACUGACUCAGGCCCUUACGCAGAACAUGCAGCAGAGUCUAGGUCAAACGCUGCAGCAGAAUCUUGCUCAAAGUCUCACACCGAGUCUCUCGCCCCAGCAGCAGCAUCAUCUGUUGAACCAACCUCAGAAUUUGAGCCAGAGUCAGAGUCUGCAGCAAAAUAUGCAGAAUCAAGCGCAAAAUUUGUCGCAACAACAGGCACAGAAUCUCAGUCAAAACCUUAGUCAGAGUUUAAAUCAUCAAUCGCUCCAGCAGCAGGCGCAGAAUCUUUCGCAAAAUAUGUCACAAAAUCUGUCCCAGAAUCUGCAGCAGAAUCUCCAACAGCAGGUGCAGAAUCUCAGUCAAAACAUGCAGCAGCAGGCGCUGAAUAUGGCCAAUUCGAUUGGUCAGAACGGCGCUCUGAGUGGGAUGAACAUUUCGGGUAAUCAACAACAGAACUCACAGAAUUCUUUACUGAGUCCUGGUGCUGGAAGCCAAGAUUCCCAUGAUGUCACCCUUUCGGAGAAGCUCAUGAAUGAACUGCAGUCUCGAGCUGGGCUCAUAGGUGCUGGUGGAGGUGGAGGAGAAAUGAGCAACAUCAGCGAACGCGCCCUCCAGGAAUGCUGGUCCACCCUGCAACGAUUCUUCUCGCAGAUCUUCAUGAACAAGACUGCCACGAUGAUGCACGCGAGAGAACUUGGUGCAGGAGCAUUGACGGGUCGUCCCGGUGGUGGUCUCCCUGGAGGAUUGGCAGGCCUGGGCGUCGGCGUCGGACCUGGUGGCAUGAUCACCGGAAACGAAGUCAAACCUCAUCAAUGUCAACAAUGCCUCAAAUCAUUUUCCAGCAAUCAUCAGCUCGUUCAACACAUCAGGGUCCACACUGGCGAAAAGCCCUACAAAUGUAGCUACUGUGAUCGAAGGUUCAAACAACUUAGCCAUGUCCAACAACACACCAGGCUACAUACAGGUGUUCUGAUUGCAGGUGAACGGCCCUACAAGUGCCACCUUCCCGAUUGCGGGCGGGCCUUCAUCCAGCUGUCGAAUCUCCAGCAGCACUUGCGGAAUCACGAUGCGCAGGUGGAACGGGCGAAGAACCGGCCGUUUCACUGUAACAUUUGCGGCAAGGGCUUCGCCACGGAGUCCAGCCUCCGGACUCACACGUCGAAGGUCAGUCAUGAGUUGCAACAGCGUGUUGUGUUCCAGCAACACGCCGCCCUUCUCGGCGGCCCCAACGCUACUAGCUGUCCCGUCUGCCACAAACUCUUCCUCGGCGGCGAAGCACUCAUGGAGCACAUGAAGCACACCCACAAGGAUCCCAAUGCCUCCGGCGUUGCGACCAAGCGACGGACUGCCAACCAUCCAUGUCCUGUCUGUGGCAAACACUACGUCAACGAGGGAAGUCUCAGAAAACAUCUAGCCUGCCAUCCUGAAACGAGUCAAAUUAGCAGCCUCAGGAUGUGGCCUUGUUCCGUCUGCAAUGCUGUCUUCACACAUGAAGGUGGCUUAUUAACCCAUAUGGAACACAUGAGGAUGGAUCCGAAACAUCAGUUUGCGGCCCAGUACGUUCUUAGCAGAGCAGCAGCCGAAAGGAGAGAAAGGGAACUACUCGCUGGUUCCAGUCUAGGAGCAGGUCUGGGUGUUUUGGGAAGCCAAUCCGGAGGACCUCAGAAUUUACAACAACCACCAAUGUGCCCUUCGCCCUCGGCUCAUUCGGAUAGCAGUAGUGGAAACGGAAGACUGUCCUCUGCCGGUAGUGAACCUGAUUUUUGUGCAGGCACCGGUCUUCUCAACAACAAUAAUAACAACAACAACAAUAACAUGGCGUCACCAGGACCAAGUGGAAACAAGCUAAGUGAAAUGCUACGGGCAGGUAGUCAACCGGGUUCAGCCCAGCAUUAUCAGGAGCAAAUGGAAUCCCAGCAACAACGGAUGGCAGUCAUGGCUGCUGCAGUAUCAGCAGGACUUCAAAAUUCUGUUUCGCCGAACCUGUCGUCAAUGGACGUAGCGCAGAUAGCGGCAGCUAUGAGAAUGGGCAACAACGGUGAUAUGAGUGGUGGAGGUCAGGGAAAUUCUGGUCCUCAACAACAAGGUGGCCAGGCUUCUGGGCCCGAGCAGGCUCUUAGGAUGCACCAGGCGGAAGCUCUGCUGCGCUCCCAUACGGAAGCUGCCCUUAGGCUAGCGGUGAGUGCACCUUGCUUCCGCUUUGAUCUGCAAUCAUCGAAUCAGAAUUGGCUUUUCGGAAAUUCCACAAAGAUGUCACAAGCUGCUGCCGCAGCUGCGAGUUCUGCAGUUGGCAACGACAUGAGGCAUCACCUAGGACAACAUAAUGGCGGUGGAGCGUCUAGCAUGCCGGGACACCAUACAAACCAACAACUGUCCCAACCAGACACGCUUUCUCCUGACUUAGGGGAGCAGCUUCGACUUCAGGAGCAGCGAUUAGAGCAGGCCCUGAGGUUGCAUGGGGAUCCCCGAGCUCUGAGUUUUACACUCCAGCACGUUGUUAACCAACAAAGCAAUCAGCAACCAUGAAAGUUUAGUUACUACUGAGACGAGUGGACCCCUUGGACGGCGGAGACGUCCCUGCAGAUUGAAAGAGAAUCGCAACAGCAAGAGCGACCUCUGAGUCAAGAUCACUCAACCUUCAACGAUCAGCAGACCUCAAAGUUGGCAGCUCAGCAUCCCGAGGAUCGUGGUGUGAAGCGAAAAGCCGACGAAAUGUGUGGGAACGUCGAGAACACGUAGGAUCAUCAUCUCGAAGAUCCUGGAUGUCAUCAGCUUCCGCGUGUCCAAGAGCGGUCAUUUCGCAAACACUCCCUGUCUCAGCAGUAUGUUGAUAAGAAACCCAGAGACUUUUUUCGAACAGUUGCACGUGUAGUGGACAUUUUUGAUAAUCGCGUGUGAGUGAUCUUCCGAACACGUGGCUGCUCGUAAGCUCAUUAAACCUGGACUCGUCAGUGAUGAGUUUAAAGAUAGAUCGUUAGACGGCUCGACGUCUAUGACUCUGCGGCGAAACUUAAUUUGAAGGCCUGAUCCGAAGUAGACUGAUGCUAAAUUUCAGACCCUAUCAAAAGCGAUCUGUGGUCUCUGCCUUUUUCAAUUCUAGCUCACCAGAUGAUGACGAUCAUCUAAUCACGAGGAUCCUUUAAUCUGUCUGGUCCUGUAAUUCGGGUUUCAGGAUUCGUCGCAGCGCCGAAGAAUAGAGCCCGAAACGUGCCAUAAAUAAUAGAGCUGCUGCCAAGUGACGUUUUCUCGUUGGCCAGAAUGGCAGUAGCUCGAACGUAGCUUACUCUCUCCCAAGGUACUAUGAAUGUUGGUACAAGAGCCGCAACUCGAUGCGGAGAAGGUCACGGGCGACCAUCUUCUGCACGAAGGCUCAACAAACUAAACUAAAGCAAACUUAAGGUUCCCUUAUUCUUAAUUCAUGUAAAGUUUAAGGCGUUAAUUCCCCGAGCUGCAAGGCUCUCACGUGGAUGCGCAGAUUCGCGUGAGUUCUGCGCAAGGACUGGCGGGACACAGAGAGACGGACGUUACUACUGACUGAUCACACACACAUCAAUCAAUACAUACACACAUUCGAAAGUUAUACAAUUGAUACUUGAAUAUAAACACAGUAAAGAAACACACUAAGAAACACUUGUCACGAAACAUUCAUGCGCGCAACUGUGCUCCUUGUAGCACAAAAACUAUUAGCUCGUAAGCGAACAAACAAAAUAUAAUUAUUACAAACAAGUUAUAUUAUAUAUAUUAUAUAUACAUACAGAAUAAUAUGAAGAAUUUAGAGCGCGAGAGUGCAUCAUGAGAAAGCAAGAGAGAAGAGAGAUAAAAGAAACUAAAUGCUAAAUAUUAUAUAUAUUAUAUAUAUAAAUAUUAUAAAUAAUGAAUAUAGGGUCUAUGAGACUAGAAUAGUUAGGCGAAAAAGAAGUGAAAGAAUGUGCCGCUUGCGCAUCUGAACUUGUCCGGUCUCCGAAAUGAGGGAAACAGAAUGAAUGCAAAAUUUUAGAGAGAGAGAGAGAGAGAGAGAGAAGAGUGGAAUAAAGGAUGUAUUAUUUAGAUAGAACAAAGAUUUCUCGGAGGGAUGGUUAAGUUUGGGUGCUCAAGUUCGAGAGUAGAAAAGUGUAAAUGAAAGUGAAAAUGGAAAUGUUGAAUGGAGAUGAGUGGAAGGAAAGGAAAUGAGAGAAUUUGAAUCGGAGAGUGAUAUGAUUGAAAUAAUCUGAGGUCCUGUGAUCGUUAUAAACGAAAUAUUUUUUUAUUUCCGAGUAAACGCGUAAAACUUGCGUCGUUUCGAACUUUUACUUGCAAUAUACCGUUACGUUCUCGCAAUAUACUUAGAAA